GGAAUAGGAGAACUUUGCUCUAGGCUACUGAUGCGAUUACAGGAUUAGCCUACUUGAUUUAGCAGACAAACAUGUAGUUUGACUAUUCUGUAUUCAUAUGUCAAUGAUUUUACGAAAGUUGUCAAACGUUUUACAGUUCUAGGUGAAAGCUGAAAAAAUAACCAUCAUAUUAACGUCAUUAAUUUUUGUCAUGUUUCUCGCUAUAUAGUUUGGGCGGCUAACUUUUUAAAUCAAUUCAAUUAUGUUUAAACUACUGUUUGGCUGUUGUAUUGGCUGAUGUUUUCUAAAAGGAUCAAUCUUUAAAGUGCGAGACGUAGUCAUGACAUCACAAAAAGACUUUAAGAAUGCUCUGACAUCUCUGGAACGCACUGAUUUGAAAAAAAGUGCCAUAGAAAAUAAAAAAUUCAUAAAAACUAUUCAUAGUCAUGCAAAUUCAGUGGGCCUGUCUCAGGAAUCUAUCAUUCGAGUGGUGAGGCUAGGUACAUGUGGAAGAUUCAACCAAGCUUUGGCAAACACCUUGAUUCAAUCUCUCAUUCCGAAGGAAAGUAUUCCAGAAGAAGCUGUAAUUUAUGGGAUUUCAAGAAUAACAGCAGGAAUAUGUCAACUCCGUGUUCAAGCAACGAUUUUAAAAUGGAUUAUAACAUUAUUUGAUAUAAUUUCUCCAAAAUUUGAUAUAUACUCAUUUUAUGGAAUGUUGUUUAACUUACUGGAUUACGAGACAUUAUGCCCUUACAUUUGCCAUUUGUUAUAUCUCAUGACGAGACAGCAAGAUGUCACACAUUUCAGAAUAUCAAGACUCAUGUUGCUCCAGAAAAAAGUGGGAAAUCAAUCUUAUAUAUCUGGUCUAAUGACUGUUUACCGACUAUACCAACCUUCACUCAUAACAGUUGCCAAAAGCAAGAAAGGACGUUUCAAAAAAAUAGAACAAAGUUGGAAGGCGAAUAUUUUUGAGAUAUCAUCUCCUCUGGCAUCUAAACAAGAUUAUUUAGGUGUAAAAUCUAAAGGUUGUAUUAUUCCAACAGUUAAGCCCCAGAUUACCGACAUAAUAAAUGAAUUUGAUAGACCUUUUGAUACAGUCUCAUAUAACCGGCUUACACAAACAUCUGACAUAAAAUCUUUAGAUGAUUUGAUCACAUCCUUAGGGAAAACAACUUUGCCAAGUCGAGCAGCUUCACUUCUUUCAACAAGAUGCCUCAAACAUAUAUUAGCCAUUUCUCCUGACUCCUCACUUAAGAUACGACUACGUUUAUGGCUUCAUGAGCGUUUCUAUUCAAGAUUUUCUGAAGACGAUAUUGAUUGCGAGAAACAUGAAGAAAGGGAAUUGCUAAAAUUAGCGCUUGAUCAACAAGAACUUUUUCAAAUGAAUACAACCCUUCAAGAACCACUUUUGUAUAGUUAUUUAGAAACUUGGAGCAGUGGGAACAACACUGAUUUAGUUUUGAAAAUAAUUUCCAAAUUACCUAUCAUGCCUUUUAGCAUUUUGCAUAAAAAUGUACUGCUUAUACUGGAGAAGCAUUUUGUAUUGGCACCAUCCACCAGCUUGCGAUGCGCAAUCAUUGAAUCAUUAACAGAAUUAACUUGCAACUAUAUUGCGGUUGAAUCACAAAAUUCAGACACAGAAGCCCGGAAUUUUAGAAAAGAUAUUGAAAAUUUGGUUGCAUUUAUAGAUGGUUUGAUUGUUCUUGGAAUCUUUCUCACUAAAAGCAGUACAAGAUUUAUAUAUAGUGGAUUGGAGUUUUGGAGGACUAUGACAUUGACACUAAAGCAGACCAAACUUGAUGUUGUAGUCUUGCCACAUUUUUUAGUUGUUUAUAAAGGAUUAUUUACUCCUAACAGAUUAUAUCUAUCAUGUAUCUGUGCGACGAUCACAAGUUUAAUAGGUAUCUACACCAUAAAUUUGAAAGGAAAUAGGCGUAUUCGCCAUUCAUCAACUUUGGAAAUGUUGAACAAUUACAUUACAGAUUUCCAUGACAGCCUGUGGCGUCACAGUGCCUUCCAUCCUGCAUGUAGUGAAAAUAGUAUAGCCUACAAAGGUUUAGAGUCGGAUGUGGUAAAAGAGCAAUGUGGAAUGGUAAAUGAUAUCUCUGUAAUGUCAUCCUUUUCUAUUGACAAACAUCCAGCACUAAUAAUUUGCACAGCUCGUUAUGUUAAAGAAAACAAUAUUGUAUCUGAACAAGCCCUUUCAUCUGAGCUGCUAUUGACAUCCGAUUAUAUAAAAUAUUUAAAAAAAGAGGGCUUGUAUGAUGUGUUAAAACUUCUUCAGCAGUUGACAGAUUUAUCUGAUACGCAACUAUAACAAUAUUUUUUUGUAUAAAUAUAUAUUUAUAUUCAUUGUUUUAUGAAUUUAUUAGUUUUCUUUCAAUAGUAUUCUGACUAGACGUGUCAAAGUUAGGGCUGGGCGUUUCGAAACACUGUUUUGACCCAGUGGUUCCCAACCUUUAUGUCGCGGCACAAUAUUGAGCAAUUUACCGUAAAUAUUGAGCUAUUUAAAUAUUCACGGCACACUUAUCACAAAACAGGAACAUUUCCUA